AUGCCGGCCCCCCUGUCUCUCUUCUCUAUCAAUGCGAUCCUCAUAAUGUCGACGGACGACUCGUCGCGCAUCUUCGCAAAGUACUACUCUCCCCCACACCCCCCCGCCGGCAUUCCACCCAAUUCCGUCGAUUAUCCCGGUGCAAACCCGUAUCCUACCCUGAAAGACCAGAAAGCUUUUGAAAAGGGUUUAAUGGAAAAGACGAACAAGCAAUCCAGCGACAUUGUGCUGUAUGACAACAGGGUGGUUGUUUUCAAGAUGGAGAGUGAUGUGAUGAUAUAUGUUAUUGGCGGAGCGGAGGAAAAUGAAGUUUUGCUGUAUAGUGUGGUUGUUUCGCUAAGGGAUGCGUUGGCGAUAUUGCUCGGUGGCUCUACCGAUAAACGCACUAUUGUAGAAAAUUACGACCUUGUUACUCUUGCAGUGGAUGAGAUUGUGGACGACGGUAUUAUUUUGGAGACGGAUCCGGUUGUGGUAGCCUCGCGUGUUAGCAAAGCUCCAGCACCAGAUGCGCCGAAUAUGAAGAGCAUCGAUCUCUCGGAACAGGGCUUACUGAAUGCUUGGGAGUUUGGGAAGAGGCGCCUUGCGGAACAAUUACGGCAGGGACUGUAAUUGUUUCUAUUAUCGAGAUAUUCGGGUUAUUGCCUCAAGCGGUUUGCUAUUUGUCAUGGGCAUGGCGUAAACGGCUUUUCUAUGGGAUUGAUCAAAGAAGAUCGAAUGCAUUCAUGAUGCUGACCUUUUUUUUUUCCUUUUUUUUUUUUUUUGGUAUGGAUCUCUGUUGUUGAUAUAGACCGCUUUGUUGUCGGGGGGCUGUCAAAUCGGGAUUAAUAAUACCCCUGGACUUUUGCCUUCGUCUGACU